AUGAACCUGACGGAGUUUAACCAGUCUGAUCGCUGUGAGCAUUUCUCCUGUCCAGAGAGAUCCUUAUCUCCUGCAGUUUAUAUCUUACUGUACGUGUGUUCAGCUGCUGUGGUUCUUCUAACAGUGUGUGGAAAUCUUCUCGUCAUCAUCUCUGUUCUUCACUUCAAGCAGCUUCAUACACCAACAAACCUGCUCGUUCUCUCUCUGGCAUUGUCGGAUUUCCUCAUCGGUACUUUAGUAAUGCUUCCAGUGUUAAUCUGGACGAUCGAGUCAUGCUGGAUUUUUGGGAGAGCUUUCUGCAUCACGUUUUGCAUGAUUGCCAGUUUCAUCGUGGGUUUAUCCAUCUACAAUGUCGCUCUGAUCGCUCUGGAUCGAUAUUUGGCUCUCUCAAAACCCUUUCUCUAUGCAAACAAAAUCUCUAAGUGGACUAUGUGCAUUGUGGUUUAUUCUAACUGGUGUGUGUGUCUAGCAUAUAGCAUAAUAUUCUAUUAUUUCAAUGUAAACUUAAUGGAUUUUGAAUUUUGUCCUGGUGAGUGUGUUAUCUUUUUCAAUGAUGUUUGGUCUGCAAUUGAUCUUGUAUUUUCAUUUAUAUUUCCACUCUCUGUCAUAAUCAUAUUGUAUACUCGAGUGUUUGUGAUUGCUAAGAAACAUGUCACUGCUAUCAGAGAGCUUAAUAAUCACACACGGCCUAAAACACAGAAAAUCACCUCACACUCGAUGAAAUCUGAGAGAAAAGCAGCUAAAGUCCUGGGCAUUUUAGUGUCUGUGUUUCUGAUGUGUUUACUUCCGUAUUUUAUUUACACUUUAUUAAGUGACAUUAUUGAAAUACAGACAAAAACUAUUCAUAAACUCUUGAUUGUGGGUUAUCUUAAUUCCACCAUUAAUCCGUUUAUUUAUGCUCUGUUUUACCCGUGGUUUAGGAGGUGCAUUAAAUUAAUUAUAACUCUGCGAAUAUUCCAGACAGACUCUGCUUUAAUCAAUAUUCUUUCAUGA